AUAAUUGAGUGUUUUGGGUAAGUAAAAAAUAUAUAAUCAAUCAUGCAGCCACGGAGGUAUGAAUUUGGGAGGGUGGAUGAAGCUACACACCCUGAUUCCUUGCGUGCCACCUUGUCCGAGUUUCUCUCUACCUUCAUUUUCGUAUUUGCUGGAGAAGGCUCCGUUCUUGCUCUUGAUAAGUUGUACCCCGAUAGAGCUUUAGGAGCAUCAAGAUUGACGGCAAUCGCUCUAGCGCAUGCAUUUUCAUUCUUUGCAGCGGUAGCAUCCAGCAUGAACGUCUCUGGCGGUCAUAUUAACCCGGCUGUCACCUUCGGUGCCCUUGUGGGUGGCAGAGUUAGCGUCCUUCGUGCCGUCUACUAUUGGAUUGGUCAGCUGUUAGGUGCUGUUGUAGCCUCUGCCUUGUUGAGGCUUGCUACUGAUGGCUUGAGGCCAGUGGGAUUCGCAGUAGCACACGGAGUUGGCAAUGGAAAUGCACUUGUGAUGGAAAUAGUUAUGACAUUUGGGCUGGUGUAUACUGUUUAUGCAACUGCGAUUGAUCCAAAGAGGGGUAGUUUGGGUAUUAUUGCACCUCUUGCCAUUGCUUUCAUAGUGGGAGCUAAUGUCCUUGUGGGUGGGCCUUUUGAAGGAGCAUCCAUGAACCCAGCAAGGGCGUUUGGGCCUGCUUUAGUGGGGUGGAGGUGGAAGAACCACUGGAUCUAUUGGUUAGGCCCAUUCAUUGGUGCAGCCAUAGCUGGAAUUAUCUAUGAGUUUGGACUCAUACAGGCUCAUGAUGAGGCUCCAGUACACACACACCAUCAGCCUUUGGCUCCAGAAGAUUACUAAAUUUCUGCUCUACUAUGAGAGACUUGUUUUGUUUAUCAAGUUUGUAUGUUGGUCUUUUUGUUACUUUCUUUAAUUUUAUGUAUUUGCAUGGAGACUUGUUUAAUUU